GCCAGUUUGAGGCAGUCUCCGGCUCGCAGCACACUUUCUUCACUCGCUGAUUGACAGCGUUGCACACGCACCUUCGCUUUGUGUUGCGUGUUAGUGCAUCGCUCACACCACGAAAUGCGACUGGUUUAAAAAACACUUCUUUUCUUUUAUUUUUUAAGCUUCUCGGACACAGAAUGCUUCGCAGGUGAUAUUUGACGUGUUCGGUGGUCCCGGGAGACUCCUGCUUGACGCGCAGAGAGACGGCACUGUUGCAGCUGUAGAGCCUCGGGCUGUGGGCGGGGCGGAGUGCACAGUGUCAUCAGGAAGGCCCACUAUGAUGGAGGAGGACCACAAGGUCAUCAACCAAGGCCAAGAAGAUGAGAUGGAGAUCUCAGGCUACCGGAUGUGCCGCUGGAAGCUGUUCUUGGUGGGCCUGGGUGCCGUCGGCACGGGCGGCUUCCUGCUGCUUCCGCUCUACUGGAUGCCUCAUUGGCUCCUCCGGGCCACAUGCUCUCGGGCCACCAUUGGGGACGCUGAUAUGGUGCUGCUCAGGACCACGGACGAGUUUAAGAGAUGGUUCCGAGCUCGGGUUCAGUGGAUGCUGGCUCCGGGGAAGAAGCCUUUCAACAAGCUUGACUCUCAGACAGCUGUCACAAAUGGCCAUUCCAAGCACGACCCCAUUGGGAUGCAACCCAGUCAGCAUCUGGUAGAGAUACGCUACUUCACACUGCACAGUACAACUUAUUUCUGGAAUGAUAUGAUCCAGAAUUUUGAAGUGUUGAAAGGCCUGGAGGACCUGAAUGUGACCUGCUCGGCUAUUCACUCUGAGCACAGUGCGGGGCUGACCAAGCACAUGCAGGACUACAGGAGGUUGUUUUUUGGGGUGAAUGAAAUUGAUGUGAAAGUACCCUCAGUUUUUAAACUUCUCAUUAAAGAGGUGCUGAAUCCGUUCUACAUAUUCCAGUUCUUCAGUGUAAUCCUUUGGGGCUUUGAGGAAUAUUACUACUAUGCUGCAGCCAUAGUUUUUAUGUCUCUUGUUUCAAUAGCUACCUCCCUCUACACUAUCAAAAAGCAAUAUGUCAUGCUGCACGACAUGGUUGCCUCUCACAGUGUGGUCCGAGUCUCUGUGGUCAGAGCUAAUAAUGAGAUUGAGGAGAUGAUGUCCACGGAUCUUGUGCCUGGGGAUGUGAUGAUCAUCCCUAACAAUGGGGCAAUCAUGCCGUGCGAUGCGGUGCUGGUCAGUGGCACCUGCAUUGUCAAUGAGAGCAUGCUCACAGGUGAGAGUGUUCCCGUUACCAAGACCAAUUUGCCGAACCCUGGGCAGGGCCUGAUGGGGCUGGAGGUGGACGCUGUCUACAGCACAGAAGAGCAGAAGAGGCACACAUUGUUCUGUGGCACUUUGGUCAUUCAGACUCGAUUCUACUCUGGAGAGCUGGUCAAGGCUGUGGUGGUCAGGACUGGCUUCAGUACUGCUAAGGGCCAGCUUGUCCGCUCCAUUCUGUACCCCAAGCCCACUGAUUUCAAGCUGUACCAUGAUGCCUACCUCUUCUUGCUGUGCCUGGUGGGUGUGGCUGCGAUCGGCUUCAUCUACUCCAUCGUUCUCAGCAUCCUGAACAAGGUGCCAGCUAGAACCAUCAUCACUGAAUCGCUGGACAUAAUCACUAUCACGGUGCCCCCUGCGCUGCCAGCUGCCAUGACAGCCGGCAUCGUGUAUGCCCAGCGGCGUCUGAAGCAUAUUGGCAUCUUCUGCAUCAGUCCCCAGAGGAUCAACAUCUGUGGGCAACUGAACCUGGUUUGCUUUGACAAGACAGGUACACUUACGGAAGAUGGCCUGGACUUGUGGGGGAUCCAGCGGGCUGAGUCAGGCAGUUUCUGCCUGUCAGAGGUCAAUGUCUGCCAGGAGACCCUGGUGACAUCCCCCUUUGUGGUUUGCAUGGCCACCUGUCACUCUCUGACUAACAUCAAUGGACAACUCUCAGGAGACCCCCUGGAUCUCAAGAUGUUUGAGGCCACAGGCUGGCUCCUUCAGGAAGCCACAGAGGAAGAGACGUCUCUCCACAACCAAAUCACACCCACGGUGGUUCGGCCGCCCAGGCAGGUGCUUCCCCAGCCAGCUACACCCCCGGAGCAUGAAAUGGAGCUGAAUGAGCUGUCUCUGUCCUACGAGAUCGGAAUCUUGCGCCAGUUCCCUUUCUCGUCGGCGCUGCAGCGGAUGAGCGUGGUGGCCCGGCGGCUGGGUGAGAAGCAUAUGGAUGCCUACCUGAAGGGGGCGCCAGAAGUGGUGGCCAGCCUCUGCAGACGAGAAACAGUACCUGGGAACUUCUCUCAGGUUCUGGAGAAUUACACCAAGCUGGGCUUCCGGGUCAUUGCCCUGGCCCACAGACACCUGGAGUCCAGACUCACCUGGCACAAAAUGCAGAACAUCAGCAGGGACCUGGUUGAGAACAACAUGGAGUUCCUUGGCUUAAUCAUCAUGCAGAACAAGCUGAAGGCGGAGACACCGAUGGUGCUGGAGCAGCUCAGGCACGCCAACAUUCGAUCUGUGAUGGUGACAGGUGACAACAUACUGACCGCAGUAUCAGUAGCACGGGACUGUGGUAUGAUACCGCCGCAGGACAGAGUGAUCAUCGCAGAGGCGCUGCCCCCGGCGGACGGCCAGCCCGCCAGAAUCGAGUGGCACUACAUGGAUGAGCCCGGCCUGCAUGACUCUGACGCCGCUCCGUUCGAGGUGGUCCAGAUCGGCAUGGGUGAGGAAGACCCCGACCCCGAUGAAGACCUCAAACCACUGGAGCAUUACCAUUUCGCCAUGAGUGGAAAGUCAUUCACCGUGGUCACCGAGCAUUUUCAGGACUUGGUCUACAAGUUGUUGCUACGAGGUACGGUGUUCGCCCGCAUGACUCCUGACCAGAAGACCCAGCUGGUGGAGCUACUACAGAGUGUGGACUACUUUGUGGGAAUGUGCGGAGAUGGAGCAAACGACUGUGGUGCACUGAAGAGAGCUCACAGUGGGAUCUCUCUUUCUGAGCUCGAAGCCUCUGUGGCCUCCCCCUUCACCUCCAAGAUCCCCAACAUCUCCUGCGUGCCAAACCUCAUCAGGGAGGGACGGGCCGCCCUGAUCACCUCCUUCUGCGUCUUUAAGUUCAUGGCUCUCUACAGCAUGAUCCAGUACAUUAGUGUCACGCUGCUCUACUCUAUGCUCAGCAACCUGGGAGACUUCCAGUUCCUCUUCAUUGACGUCGCCAUCAUCCUGCUCAUCGUCUUCACCAUGAGCCUGAACCCAGCCUGGAAGGAGCUUGUGUCACGGCGACCACCCUCAGGCCUCAUCUCCGGCCCACUGCUCUUCUCUGUGCUGACCCAGAUUCUCGUCUCCCUGGGCUUCCAAAUGCUUGUCUUUCUCUGGGUGCGACACCAGAGCUGGUAUGAGAAGUGGACACCCAGCUCCAAUGCCUGCAAUUCCUCCAGCAUUGCUUCCUUAUCCGUCCACAACACGAACGUGACCUACGACCCCUACGACAAAAACAUCAGAAACUAUGAGAACACCAGCGUGUUCUUCGUCUCCUGCUUCCAGUAUCUCAUUGUCGCCAUUGUGUUCUCUAAGGGAAAACCUUUCAGGCAGCCUAGUUACAAGAACUGGCUUUUCCUCCUGUCUGCAUGCAUGUUAUACAUCUUCCUGCUCUUCAUCAUGUUGAAUCCAGUCCCUGCUAUCGAUAAGUUCCUGGACAUCGUUUGUAUUCCAUUCCAGUGGCGCAUGACCUUGCUAGUUAUCAUCCUGCUCAACACAGGGAUGUCUGUCCUGAUUGAGACCUUCGUCCUCGAUGCCAUCUUAUGGAGGCUGGUGUUCAGCCGAGGAAAACAAGGCAGCAGUGACAUCACAGCUGCCGCCCGCACACCUCAGUCAGCCAUCGACCACUGGGGCUCCAGGUGCCUGGCGGCACUGCUCCGCUGGGGUGGCAAGACCCCCCGGGCACGCUACAUGUGCCUGGCCCAGGAGCUGCGGGUGGACCCAGACUGGCCCCCCAAGCCCAAGACCACCACCGAGGCCAAGACCCCGUCCUAGCUUGCCAAAUGACGUCUGCGUCCUAGUGUUCAGUGAUCAAGUGAAUGUGACCAGGAAAGGCCGACUCCGAAUGGAAAGAUGGAAAAAAAAAAAGACAUUUUUCUUUCAUUCUUGGUACCGGCAGCCAUAGAGUCUUCUGGCAUCUCUCUGUUUUUGCUGUUCUGAUUCUUCACACUGUUUUGUCUUGGGUGAAAAGUUUACAGGCUGGAAACCGAGUUUGUCAAAUGUACUUCCAGCAGUGAUCACUGCAGUGGCUCCGGCAAGGAUUACUGCAGUGAUUGCUUUUUCAUUCUGUAAAUAUGUAAUUAAGCAGUGGCCUACUUUAGUUUUUAACAGGAGAUGAUUCUACAGUGCACUGCUGUUUCAAUAAUCCCAACCUAAGAACAAUGUGGUUACAUUAUUCACGCACAAAACUUUACAGUUCUGGGGGCAUUUCUCACAACAGCUGUGGAGAGGCUGAUCUGAUCCGCAGGGCACUUUGACAGCCAACGUAGCACAAAAGCUGGAAAUAUGAUCAUUAAAUGGAUUUACAAAUGGGAAACUUACCUUAUUGCUCACCAGUGCCUCAUGUUGUCACAUGACCUGAUUUGCACCACUCACUGUCACCCUCUGUAUGGGUAUUUCUUCCUGUGGAAGAACAGUCUAGGUCUGAUAAUCAUGAAAGUUGAAGCCAUCUUGGAAUUCUUUUUGCAUAUUAACAUUUUCUGUUUGUUGCCUUGAUUGUAAACUAUGGAUAAAUCUUCACUUCUUGUGAUUGCUGUGCACAUACGCAUAUUUGACUUUUUCUUCUUCCUUAAAGUUAGGGCACCUCUCUCCUGCCAACAGUUUUUCAUCUAGAAACUCUAUUCCUCCUCUCAAAUGUUCCACCCAUUAAGUCUCCUUAGUGUUUUUUUCUUGAUAUUCCACCCACAUCCAUCUUUUUCAUCCCUCUUUCUGUCAAAUUUUUCCUAUAGACUUGUAUGGGGAAAUUUCUCAAACUGCUCCCAUUCAGUCCCAUUUACCUCCCAUUUAGGUUUGAGGGUUACCUUCAUGGAUCCAGUAACCACAUUCAUUUAAUCCACUGAAGGUAAAUGUUAAACAGAACCAACAGAAUCAUUUUCUUGUUCAGUUGUAGAUAUUAAUUUCUCCAUGGCCAAUAAGUGAUGUUCCAGCUACGAAUCUGCUACAUUUUUAACUGAAGCUGCUUUUAUUGCAGAUAUGGAGAUUUUUCCUCUGUUGCUGCAGGUGAUGUUUGGCACACCUGCACAGUUUAAAGCAGGGGUGCCCAACUCCAGUCCUGGGGGGCCGGAGCCCUGCACAUUUUUGGGUUUCCCCUCAUUUAUCACACCUGAUUCGACUCCUUGUGCUAAUUACCACACAGCUCUUGAGCUGAAUCAUUUAUGGUGGAACAGGGAAAGAACUAAGCUACACAGGGCUCCGACCCCCCAGGACUGGAGUUGGGCACCUCUGGUUUAAAUUAAGCAGGAGACUGGAUACCUCAAAAUAUCACUUUAGCAGCUGAGGCUACAGUCUCUGUUUAAACUUACGAAACCACUUGUACGCAUAUCGCAGUGACGGUGAUUGAUUUAAUAUAACCAUCAACCCAACCUGUACUCACAGUCCACUGUGGAAUGAAGGAGUUAGACUUCACAAACACUCUAAUAGUAAAACUAGCCAUGGGCGUAAGUAAUUAUGUUUGAAUAAGAAAAGGAAUAGGAAAAAAAUUACGGGUGUCUUUAAAUCUUUAAUUCUCAGAAUCAAAACUUGCCUAAAUUGUAUCCUUAUAGAAGAAUGUGUUACGUGGUGCAUUACUCUUGGGUACUGUAUCAUCUUUCUGUGUCACAGAACUGCCCUGUUUAAGCAUCUAAAGUACAUCUAACAACAUUUAUUCAGUCCAGUGUCAUAAAUGACUUUAAAUCACUGCAUUUUAUAUUAUAACUGCAAAGUAAUAUUUGCAGGAGCUAAUUUUAAUCCAAGCCAUUGUGCAUUAUGUUAAUGACAGCCAAUUUAGUGUAAAAUACUGAUGUGAUGUAAAUAUUUUAGAUAGAUAUAUAAAUUAACAUUUAAACACCAUUUGAUUCUCUAAUUACGUGUCAAACGAUGUGCCUUUGCAAUUCCCUGCUCAAUCAGAAGAAAUCAAAACUGAUCAUUUUUGGUUAUUUUACAAUACAAGUAAAAGUGAUCACAAUGUAUGACAAAAAUGUAUUUAUUUCAGGAGUAAAAGACUAGACCAUAAAGUUAUCAGCUUUGUUCUGAUUUUAGGGACAAAUAAGACACUUUUGUCAUAAGGAAAUGAAGUGAAUAUGAUCGUCACAUGUCAUAGUUAUUUUUAUGAUUGUUUUUGGGUGUAAAUCUUAAUAUGUGUAUUUACAACUGAAUAGAAUGUUUGUGUAUUUCUCAUAAUCCCACUAGUUUGCACAUUGGUUUUAUAAAGGUUCCUUUGAAACUAUUGCAUAAUGUUUUACCUCAUUGAUUACUAUGUUUGUAUGUGUUGUACAUAUAUUGUAGCAUUCGUGUAUGUAAAGUCAAGUAUUAACAUUGAGCAAUUCUGUAUUUUGAACAGGGUGUGUAGAUUUUGGUUUUAAUGGCAAUUAAAUGAAUUUAAGUGUCUGGACUGUCUCAGAC